AUCAAGGUCACAAUAAAAGAAAGCUGACGCAAGAGAACCUGACCCCCUUGAGACCGGAGCUUCUAACAUUCACAUAACAAAUAAUAAGAUAAUAAACAACCAUAAAUAAAUCCACUAUAGUGGGGGAAAAUUAUGACAAUUUACAAAAACUAAGUUUUUUCCCCUUUGAUACCAGUCCAAACAAACUGUGAUUUUGAUGUUACAUACAAAUACAGUUUGAUGUUACAUACAAAUACGAAAGAUCAUAAUUAGAGGUGUGCAAUAAAUCUGACUCAGCAGUGUUACGUCGAGGCAGCGGCCGUAUCCAAGUCCGUAACUACAAACCUCAUCAUCAUCAUCAUCAUCCUCAACAACAUGGCGCCAGCGUACAGCUGGACCGUACAUAGACGCCACGGCACUUCUUCAACAAGUUACUUUACUCACUAAACGCAGCGUCGCGAAGAUUUUUGUACCUUUUCUUUUUACUUUUCGUCUUACCCCAUUCGUUUGUUCUCUUUGACGAGCGAAUAUCGGCCUUUUUGGUCUUCUUAGUCUCAAAAACUCACCUGCUUUAGCGAAAAGAACAGACCGUACUGGACUCCCUCACUGUUGCUGUAUUUCUCAAAGUAAAAGGAAAGUGAGCGCUGAGAUUACGCAGACGGGGAAAGUAUUUUUUUCCAGAAAAAUAAGCCAUGUAACUGCGCUCGAAAGGCGUUUCUUCAGAGGACAUGCAUCUAAACAUGAGCGAAAAUAACUGUCCAUUUGAAGAAAGGGAUAGAGACAGACUUCCUCCUAUACUAAAUCAUAGCUUGGAUCGCGGACCGAAGCUCCCUUUUCCGUCUUAUGGAAGCUUCAUCUCCACCCUGAAUCACAAAAGAGAGACAGGCAGCCACAGUCUUUCUUCUCCGUUCCUGCUACCUGCAGUCAAACAAGUGAGAGAGCUUCCUCCAAUAUGUCCAGAUGUGAGACAGAAGCAUCGUAUCUCUAUUGAUGUUCUCCCUCCAGAGGUGAAGGCUCGUUUUCUCUCGGAACCCAUUAUUCCCAUUCGGACCAAAACCGCCAAAGAGUUUCAGGAUGAUGUUGAAAGGGCAACUAUCUCAGGGGAUUGGAAACAAGUCCAUGAUUUCUACUUGACCACUUUUGACUCGUUUUUGGAGCUCAAUGGUGCAUUUAAGAAAGAAGCAAAUGCUCCCUUUAACACUAUUGAAGACUCAGGAAUAAACAUCAAAUUUGUCAGUAUUGUUUAUGAUGCUUUACUCCACACGCCUGCGGACACGCAGAAAUCAGUCCUGAAGGGAAUUAUUAAUAGCUUAUUAAGAGAAUGGAAAGGGCCUCGCACAAAGGAUGACCUUAGAGCGUAUUUUGUUCUUGUUCAGAACCCUCAGUACACCAGCCCAGCCACAUAUGUCAUCUAUGCACACUUACUGAGGCAAAUUGCAGCCCUGGCUGAAGCAGACCACCAUUUCCUGAUGCACUGGUUUAAAAAGCUGCCUCAGAAGCGUUUCAAACAGCUGGUGGAGCGCUUGCAGCUCUUCAUCACUACCCGCCUAUUUCCUGCCAAGCCAGAAGAGUUGCCGCCCAUGGCCAAAUGCUCCUGGUGGAUUCCCUCAGCCACUAAAGUCCUUUCCCUGCUUAAUGCUGCAAAUAGCAUUUCCUCUUCCCCUAUCAUCCCUUUCACUGAUUUCUACAACCUAACAUUGGACCACAUAGACUUUAUGGAGGAUUACCACACGUGGCAGGCUCACGGAAAUUCAAACAGGUUCACCUUUUGUCAGUUCCCCUUCAUCUUGUCCACAGUAGUGAAGAAGGCCAUCAUCCAGAGAGACUCUGAACAGCAGAUGAUCAGUAUGGCCAGGCAAACCCUGGUGGACAAGGUUUCUCGCAGGCAGAGGGUGGAUAUGAGUCUGCUGUUUCUCAACAUUAAAGUUAGGCGUCUGCAGCUGGUCAGUGACUCACUGGAUGAGCUUUCGAGAAAGCGAGCAGACCUGAAGAAAAAACUGAAAGUGACGUUUGUUGGGGAAGCGGGGUUGGACAUGGGUGGACUCACAAAAGAGUGGUUUCUUCUCCUGAUUCGACAGAUUUUUCACACAGACUAUGGCAUGUUCACGUAUGUGAAAGAGUCCCAGUGUCAUUGGUUCAGCAGCUGGAAAUGUGACAACUACUCUGAGUUCCGAUUGGUUGGAGCCCUCAUGGGCUUGGCUGUGUACAACAGCAUCACACUGGACAUCCGUUUCCCCCCUUGUGUCUACAAGAAGCUGCUGACUCCGCCCAUUGUGCCAUGUGACCUCGACACCCCUGUCGGCAUGGCGACCCUCACCCUGGACGACCUCCAGCAGAUUAUGCCUGAUCUUGCUCAUGGACUCGGGGAACUCCUCAGCUAUGAAGGAAACGUUGAAGAAGACUUUUAUACCACGUUUCAGGUUUUUCAAGAAGAACUUGGAGUGGUCAAGUCAUAUAAUUUGAAACCAGGAGGUGACAAGAUCCCUGUAACCAACCUAAACAGAAAAGAAUACGUCCAGCUCUACAUUGAUUUCCUGCUGAAUAAAUCCAUCUACAGGCAGUUUGCUGCUUUCUAUCAUGGUUUUCAUAGUGUUUGUGCCUCCAAUGCCCUGAUGCUUCUGAGGCCAGAGGAGGUUGAGAUCCUGGUUUGUGGAAGUCCUAAUCUGGACAUGGGCUCUCUGCAGCGAGUAGUGCAGUAUGAGGGCUACAGCAAGACUGACCCCACCAUCCGAGCAUUUUGGGACGUGGUGCUGGCAUUUCCUUUGGAGCUGCAGAAGAAACUGCUCCACUUUACCACAGGAAGUGACCGCGUUCCUGUGGGUGGAAUGGCCGACCUCAGCUUCAAAAUCUCUAAGAUUGAAGUCUCCACUGACUGGCUCCCAGUGUCGCAUACAUGCUUCAACCAGAUCUGUCUACCUCCAUACAAGAGCAAGAAAGAACUACGGCAAAAGUUAACCAUUGCCAUUUCAAAUGCAGAGGGCUUCGGAUUGGAGUAAAUUACAGAUGUAGAUAAUUUAAUGUGUGUUCACUGAAAGAAUAUGGGCUGUGAUAGUUCAUUUUUUUAACAACCAACAGGGUUAUUUUUAAAUUCUAGUGCAAUUGCUUAAUUUGAAUUUUGGUAACAAACAAGACGCAAAAUUGUUAUUUGAAAUUGCAUGCAAGGAAGUGGAAUUAAAAUCAAUUAAAUAUUUAACAAGCUUAUUAGUACUGGACAACAAUUAAUUGCAUCCAAAAUAAAGGUUUUUGUGCACAUAA